AUGUCACUGGAUGGAUGGUUUGAUUUGCUCUCCUCUUCCCCAGUUCCCCCACAAAUCCAUGAGAAGGAAGUGGCAGAUCCCUCCAGUCCUUACCCCAGUGGCAGCAGCCAGACUCUAACAUGCACUGCCUACGGUCUCCCUGCUCCCACCUUCAGCUGGCAGUGGAGAGCCUGGGGCCCAUGUGUCCUCAACAGCAACCGGAGCAGAGUGGUCCGGCGAGACAGGAAAGGCCGGAGUGACAGGAUCGCAGACUGUCAGAACUGGCAGGACAUUAACUGGGAAAACGGCAUGAAUGAAAUCGAGGCGGUUGAAACGGCGGUUGAGGUGGUGGAUGGCCGACAAAAGACAGUCAGCAGGCUCCAGAUUGGCAACGCCAGUGUUUCCGUCAUGUACAAGUGCUCUGCUGAAAACAAAGUUGGCAAAGACGAGCGGCUGAUUUACUUCUAUGUGACCACCAUCCCUGAGGGGUUCAGUGUGGACGUCCACCCCUCGGAGGAUCUUCUGGAGCAGGAGAAAGUGUCCCUGUGCUGCAGCGCUGACAACUACACCUACGAGCAGCUGCAGUGGUACCGCCUGGACCCCCAGGCCCUGCAGGACGAGCAGGGCAAGGCUCGGGAGCUGGACUGCAGGAGCGUGCACCUCUACGCCCACACCCUCGAAGGCCAGCUCUCCUUCCAGGAGCCCUCUAACAGCUGGGUCCUGGACUUCACCAUCCCCUCCAUACAGAUGCAGGAUGAGGGUCAUUAUGUGUGUGAGGCUCAGAGCAGGCGCAGCGGGGAGAAACAGUGCCUGUUCAGAUACAUUUCUGUAAAAGCUCCGGAGGCGCCUCGAUACAAGCUCAGCCUCACCAACCAGACGGUGAACGUGACGGAGUCUCUGCGGAUGGAGUGCGACGUGGAGGGCCGACCUCUGCCCCUGCUUUCCUGGUUUAAAGACAACCAGCCUCUCAACCAAAUGUCAGGGAUCCAGCUGCAGGACUCAAACCGCACGCUGAGUAUCCAGCGGGUUACCGAGGAGGACGCCGGGCUCUACACCUGCACCGCCUGCAACCAGCGGGGCUGCGUCCACUCCUCAGCUGCCGUCCAGGUCAUCGGUUCAAACGACAAGGCCAAUGUGGAGAUUGUAAUCCUCAUCGGGACCGGAGUCAUCGCCAUCUUCUUCUGGACUCUGCUCAUCCUUAUCUUCUGCAAUGUCAAGCGGGUUAAUCCGGCAGACAUAAAGACGGGCUACCUGUCAAUCAUUAUGGACCCGGGGGAGGUGCCUCUGGAUGAGCAGUGUGAAUACCUGCCCUAUGACUCCUCUCAGUGGGAGAUCUCCAGAGACAGACUGCGACUGGGCAAAGUUUUAGGCCACGGUGCCUUUGGAAAAGUAAUUGAGGCAUCAAUCGGCGUCAGCAAAAGCAACACUUUGGACACGGUGGCUGUCAAGAUGCUGAAGGAUGGAGCCACAGCCAGCGAGGACAAGGCCUUGAUGUCAGAGUUAAAGAUACUGAUUCACAUUGGGAACCAUCUGAAUGUGGUGAACCUGUUGGGAGCCUGCACCAAACCAAAUGGUCCUCUGAUGGUGAUAGUGGAAUAUUGCAAGUACGGAAAUCUGUCCAACUUCCUACGAGCCAAGAGAGAGUUCUUCCUCCCGUACCGGGACCGCUCUCCUAAAACUCAGAGUCAGGUGAGACGGAUGAUUGAGGCGGGUCAAAUUGACCCGAGAGCUCGCAAUCCGCCUUCUCCACGCUCCUCACCGCUCAACAGUCCUCAGGGUCCAUUAACCAUUCUGCCCAAUGACAGUCCUGCUGUGGAGAAAAUGGAGGACUUGUGGAAAACCCCUCUGACGAUAGAAGAUCUCAUUUGCUACAGUUUCCAGGUGGCUCGUGGGAUGGAGUUCCUGGCCUCCAGAAAGAAAACAUUUUCUCUGCCUACCCUUCAGGAUGGGAAGGACUACAUUCCUCUGAACCACUCACAGAGCUCAGAGGAUGACGGUUUCUCGCAGGCCUCGUCUUGCCCUCCAUCUGAGGAGGAACUGAGGAUGCCCUGCAACACUCUGCCCACCAGGUAUUAUAACUGCGUGCCCUUUACCGGCUGUGUGUUUGUGGGACCCUCCAAAGCAUGCCAGCCCAGAGUCAGGACAUUUGAAGAAUUUCCCCUGGAGAUGCAUCGACAGAAAGCUCCUCAAGAUAACCAGACAGACAGCGGGAUGGUUCUGGCCUCGGAAGAAUUUGAGAGAAUUGAAAACAAGCACCGAGGCGCCGUCUCUAAAAGCCGUAUGGGCAGCAGCAGCAGCACAGAGCCCCUCACGGCAUCCCAUGGUUCCUUGGGGCGCAGCAGUGACCCCGGCAGCUCCAGACUCCGGCCCACCUUCUUCAGUCAGCUCUCAGGACAGACCUUCUACAACAACGAGUACGGACACCUGUCUGAGGAGGGCUUCUGCGACUUCUUCUCCGCACCGGACGCCCACUGCCUGGCCUCCUCCAACGUGUAACCUUACCAGAGAGGCAGCCCGAGAGAAUGGAGAGUUUAAAAAAAGUAGGAAAGCUCAGGGUAAGGGAGGCUUUAGUAAAGUUCCAGUUGUGACAUGUAAUAAGUCAUUUAUUAAAUGGUAGAUCUGUGUGACUAGACCUCUGAUCAUCGCUUCCUCUCGGGCUGCUGCCUCCACAGACUGAGCUCUAUGUGCCUGAAGUUCCUCUAACCAGCCACUGGGUGGCAGCAUUAUGACAAAAACAAACCCUAAGUAUUUUUCUAUUUACACAUUUCUAUCUUUUAUAUACAGAGUUUUCUUCCUUAAUUUUGUACAAACUAUGACUCAUAUAGGAGGCAAUAAAGAAAAUGAUUGUCUUCUCA